CUCAACGUCUCGAAACCCAGCCGUGGCUAUACUGUUUCCGGGUUUCGUUUCACUUUAUUAAAAAUGUUUUCUCGUUUUACGGAUUUUAAUAAGAAACACAACACAACUAUAACGGACGUUGAUAAGAGGAAGUUUACCGAAGUAUUUGAACAAUGUGAUGAAGAUAAAGAUGGUUACUUGAAUAGAGAAGACUUGAAAGUUGCAGUAGUCAUGCUGUUUGGCUAUAAACCUUCCAAGGCUGAGACUAAUGCAAUGAUGGCGUCAAGCAUACAAGCAGGCUUACCAGGUUUACCAUUGGAACAUUUUUUAAAGCUAAUGGCCUCAAAGUUACUUGCACAAGACGAAUAUGAAAAGACGAGACAAGUCUUCACAGCAUUUGAUGUUUCUUGCCGGGGUUUUCUAACACUUGAGGACUUUAAAAGAGCCUUUGCUUGUGUUGCAUCUCAUUUACCAGGACAAACAGUACAAGAAACUUUCAGAGGGUUAGCAUUUUCAUGUUCUACUGCAUCUGAGACUAUAGGAGGGGUGGCUGCUGGGGCUGCACAUCCAGCACCUGUGUUACCCCAUUGUGGGAUGGAUUCAGGAGGAGCAUGGAAGAACAGGGAGGUUGACCGGGAUUCUGAUGGCCAUGUGAGCUUCAAGGAUUUUGAAUUCAUCUUAAGCUACGGAGAAGACCAGUAGAGCUGCUGGCCGAGUUUUGUAAAUUAAACCAUUCUCAUAAAGUGUGGUUUGUAUUUGCUUCUUCAUCAGUGUGACACGCCCUGGGAAGAGUUUCAUCGUGUAUCGUUUUACCUCCAGAAUUACAAGGAUUCCAGUGCGCUGAUUAGAUUUCACGCGUGCAAUUCUGCGUGUGAAAGAUUAUUAAAUGCACGCACUACUGGGUUCCGUCCCAAGAAAAGAGAAUCGCCCGUAUUCAGUGCUGCCAUUGAGAGACAUUUUUCUUUUGAAUCCUAUACUGUGUGUAAGUAUAUGUGCCAAAUGUCACUUUUCAGAUUGCGCACACAAGAAGAGCAUUCAUUUGAGAUGGA